AUGCGGUCGACCACGUGGUUCAUGAUGUGUAUGCGGGCGUCCGUUAAUCUACACAACAGUAUAUUCUCGCGUCUAUUACGGGCGCCGAUAGCCGUGUUCAACAACAACCCCAUCGGUCAAAUGCUAAACAGAUUCUCGAAAGACAUGGGGAUUGUCGACGAAAUGCUUCCCACCACUGGUUAUGACUUCAAUUUUUCGUUAUUUGAAACGAUUGGUAUUAUAAUAACGGUGGCCACUGUCAAUGUUUAUCUAAUCAUCCCGGGUAUUUUCUUAAUUAUACUUAUGGUGAUUGUGAGGGGCAUAUACAUGAAAUCG